UUCUUUCAUAAAUUCCAAAAAUAGACAGUCAAUCAUCUGUUAUGUAUCGGAAUAAUGGAAAUAUCGGCACGAAUAUCGGGACCUCGACCAUUGGCGUCUGCCUGGUGAUGAUGUAGGGGGGUGGAAUAAUUUGACUUCGCUUAGAAAAAGACAUGGGGGUGAUCUUAUCAAAAGCUACGUUGGAACAUUUUAGAACACUGUGCAAGUGAUCGUCAUAUCCCCACAUCUUUCAUUCACUUUGCUCAAAGUUGAUCGUUGCUGCCCGUUUUGUUUGUUUCGAUUCUUUGACCGCCCUGGAUAAACAGCCGCGUGUACACUUUGCCGGACCCUCUGACACCUCUGAUCAUCCCGUGAAUCCCCCAUCCUUGAUCUUCAGCCCUUGUCUACCCCCCCCCCAAAUUCUUUUUGCUAGCCCACCAUGACGCUGGCCGAAGAGCUCCGAUCGCGAAAUUUCAGCAUCUAUGGACAAUGGACGGGUGUGCUGUGCAUUAUCCUUUGCCUUGCGCUAGGAAUUGCGAACAUCUUUUCGUUCAACUGGGUUCUGAUUAUCAUCAGUUGUCUCAGCAUUGCUUCGGCAUUCAUCAUCCUCUUCAUUGAAGUACCAUUCCUCCUCCGAAUUUGUCCCACGUCCCCGAAAUUCGAUGCCUUUAUCCGCCGCUUCACAACCAACUGGAUGCGCGCCCUCAUCUACGCUGUCCUUGGUGGUGUCCAACUUAUCAGUCUUGCCAAAAGGGCUUCUAGCUUGAUUGCUGGUGCUGUCUUCCUUUUCAUCGCGGCUGUGUUCUAUUCGCUCGCAGCCCUGAAGAAACAAGAUUUUGUUGGUAGCAAGACCCUGGGUGGCCAGGGAGUUGCACAGAUGAUUGUCUGAUGGCAUGACGUUUACGCCGAGCCGUUCCUGCCCUUUUCUGUACCAGCUGGACCCAUUUUGGGAUUAAUCCUGGUGACUAGAGGGUUGUGCGACACGAUGAGAUGCUCGAUGCAAGUGGUGCAAAGAUAAAUGCCAUUUGGGCAGCAUGCAUUGGGAUGCGCUAUGAAAUAGUUUUGUGUUUUUAUUGUCCUGUACUUGUAUGUCUCGGUUUGGUUCAGGAUGAUCCUACUGGACAUGCCUGUUUUCAAAGCCGAUGAGCGUUCCUACAGCAGAUAUAUCCGUCGUUUCCUUUGUUUUUGUGGACUGCGUCCGCCAGAAUAGGUGUUUUGGUUACUAUUUUAAAGGGUGUAUUCGUUGACCAAGCCUAAUUUAUCCAAAAUAUCAGACGACACCCAAUAUAAUUCAGCUGUAUGUUGUAAAUCUGGUGAAGCGGAAGCACUUCGGGUCCCUGGACGUUCAGAAGCACGUGGACGAUGCCCCAUCUCUGCAGACAUCG